UUUACUACCUAUACUUGAAUAACGUCGUCAUCAUUAGAAAGAGCAAAGGUACAUCCGUUCAAACUGAAAUUGCCAUAUAACCGGAAUCUGCGUUCUCAGUCCGCGUCACAAUACUCUUCGAUUAUCAUCAAUUUACACGAUACGAAUUCGCAUAUAUUCGAGCUGUAAUCAACGGGAACCUCACCGUCAUACGUUUGCUUGUCCAGUGGUUUUUUAUUUCCACAUUAAUUUUCUUAAAUCUCAGGACCACAUACUUCCGCAAAUACUCUGCCUAACUAUUUCCGGUCACGCUGCCUCGAGUUCAGGAACGCUUUCCAUACAUUUUCAAACACAACUGCGGAACCACUACUUGGAAUUGGUCAUAUUCUGGAAUCAUACCGCUGGCCGCCCUCAUCCGACCUAUCGCCACAUUCAACAUAUUAUUGUCCCCUCUUAACUUCUGUCACUCUGAUUUGAGCGUCAAGAAUGUCUUUAAAUACCGAAAGCACUUCACCAGUCGAUAGUUCCGUCCCGACCCUGGGCAAGCAUAUCUUGUUGGCCGUGGGAGUGGCCGGCGUCGCUGUUUCGAGCCUGAUGAUUGUCGUGGUGAUUCGUAUGCGAGGACAAAUGCGCAGAAUUAUGAAUCAGGAACGGCCACUUUCCGAGAUCACAAUAGAAGAAAACUUCAGUGAUCACUGCCGAGUGGGACCUAUCACGUCUGCCACAAAACUUUUUGAUCCAUCGGACUACCAGACCCCUACAUCCCCCUCAUUAUCCCUUCACAUCACUAAAAACCACCCCACGACAUGCAAGCAAGAUGGUGAAAUAUCACCUGAUGAUACAAUACCCUUAUCACUUCCUUUGCAGCACUC